AUGGCAGACACGAACGGAGAGCCGGAAAAGGCUCGUCGGCCAUCUCUUCAGGUCAUUGUUCUGGGUGCUGGCGGUGGUCCCCAAGAAAACAAUACGACCUCCCUGUUGGUUCGUUCAGUCGCUUCCGGGUGGACCAAAGGCUCUCUCAUCUCUGUCGAUGCCGGUGUUGGUCUCUCCGCCAUCACCCGCAUACUUGAGGAAACGACACCUCCGAGCCUUGGCAGGGAGGUUCCCCUUCCGUAUAUCCUUAAGGAAGGCCCAUUUGCCGGGCUGGAGCUGACCGCGGGGAUGCUCCCCCCGGAUGCGCCGGUCCUAUAUCCGUCAAUUAUCGCGUCGUAUAUAACCAAAUCUCUCAUCGACACCUAUCUCAUCACACAUCCUCAUCUGGACCACUUCGCCGGACUUGUCAUCAAUACUGCUGGACUUACCCGCCCAAAACGCGUGGCUGCCCUGCCCUAUGCUGUUGACGCCCUCAAGAGUCAUAUUUUCAAUAACAUCAUCUGGCCUAACCUGUCAGACGAGAACAACGGCGCAGGUCUCGUAAAUUUCACUCGGCUUGUCGAAGGCGGCUCACCGGCGAUUGGCGAAGGCGAAGCCAAAGGCUACCUCGAGGUCGCCGACCGCAUUGCGGUGAAGGCUCACGCCAUCUCACACGGCCACUGUGUCGAACGCCACCCUCACCGCGGCUCAACGUCCUCGACUGCGACGCCACUACGUUACGGUUCUGUUGACGCCGCCUCCGUUGCAUCGCCACGCAUCCUUCCCUACAACAUCGCCAGUACAGCGCGCAACCACUCCAUUGCGCCGGAACCUCAAGCAAGCAUCUGCGUCGUCGAUUCCUCAGCCUACUUCAUACUCGAUCUCGCCACGAACCAUCAGAUCCUCAUCUUCGGUGACGUUGAACCAGAUUCGCUCUCGUUGUCCCCACGAAAUCAUUUCGUAUGGCAGGAAGCCGCCCCCAGAAUCGUAUCAGGUCAACUCGGCGCGAUCUUCAUCGAAUGCUCCUACGACGAUUCGCAGUCUGUGGACCGCCUCUUCGGCCACCUGAAACCCAGCUUUCUGAUCGAAGAACUGGGCAAUCUAGCUCAGGAAGUUGAAAAUGUCCGGGACAUACCUCAUCCAUCACGCAAACGCAAACGGGUGGCCGAUGCAGACACCAUUCCUCGCCGUAGGACAGGCGGGGCGUUCGGCCGUCUGGCUAGCGGCGACGAGUCCCCUAUCAGCCCGAAAUCGGUAGCAAGACGCGCUGUGUCCGCAGACAUAUCCCACGUGCCGCCACUUCCGCCCGCUGCGACAUCUGUGGAGAGCUCCCAUCUUACUACGCCCACCCAAGAGCUGUCGCUGAGAGAGGCGGAGCUCGGCGUCAGCGAGUCUGAAGACGGACAUCAGACGGGCCUUCCCCUGAAAGGCCUCAAAAUCGUAAUUAUUCACGUCAAAGAGCGUUUCGACGGACGCAACACAAGCGAAGUAAUCCUGAAAGAGCUGCGGGCCCACGAAGAGGUGGCCCAACUGGGCUGCGAGUUCAUCGUCUCAAAGCAAGGGCAGAGUAUCUACCUGUAA